AUUCCACAGCUGUGACGACGGCUCGUCUGGUCUGCGGCUGCGCUAAAAAGUAAUUCGACCCUCAAACCCGGAUGUAACCAACGCCUAACCUGUGUGAAGAAAAACGAUGCAGACUAUAAAAUGUGUAGUGGUAGGAGACGGUGCAGUAGGAAAGACCUGCUUACUGAUCUCCUACACAACCAACAAGUUCCCCUCAGAAUAUGUGCCUACGGUUUUUGACAAUUAUGCAGUGACGGUGAUGAUUGGGGGAGAGCCCUAUACACUUGGCCUAUUUGACACAGCAGGUCAGGAGGAUUACGACAGGCUGCGUCCGCUCAGCUAUCCACAGACAGACGUGUUCCUUGUUUGUUUUUCAGUCGUCUCACCCUCAUCGUUUGAAAACGUCAAAGAGAAGUGGGUUCCUGAGAUUUCUCAUCACUGCCCACGCACUCCUUUCCUGUUAGUGGGCACACAAGUGGACCUGCGGGAAGACAGCAACACGAUCGAGAAGCUUGCAAAGAACAAACAGCGCCCCCUAUAUUCUGAGAGCGGAGAGAAGCUGGCUCGUGAGCUCAAGGCAGUCAAAUACGUGGAGUGCUCUGCUCUGACACAGCGAGGGCUUAAGAAUGUGUUCGACGAGGCCAUCCUGGCAGCCUUGGAGCCUCCUGAGACCAAAACCAAGAGAAAGUGCGUUCUCCUAUAGACGAACAACAGCAGUGAGAGAUGUGAUGGUGAAAAAAAUAGGUGGGGUGAAUCAAAGCAUCAGAAAGACCAAUGGCCAUUAUGAAAAAAAAGGACAAAGCAAAAGGGGAAGGGGAGGUACAAUGCCAUUGAGAUUUAUUCUAAUACACAUGUACACUGAUUGUGCCUUCAAAAUAAACUUUGAAAGAGGCUGAGCGAGCAAAACUUCAGCAUGCAGUAAAUGCAGUAAGUGUCACCUAUCUCCUUUUACUGAAAGCUUUUAAAAUUGCAGUGUUUUCUCUACAGAUAUUCAGGUGGGGCGGGCCCCCCCUGCCUGUCACUGUCGCGCCAUUUUUUUUUUUUAAAAACAAGAAAUAUUAUUUUAUCUGCCUAUGGCCUCCUCUGUGUUUUUACGUAUUGUGGCCUAUUGAGACCCAGUGUAGGGAAAUGUAAAUGGUAAACACUUUGAACAUUGAGUUUUUUAGUGAACUUUGGUUAGUACAUUUAAAGGGGCAACUUAAUGUCAAGUGGUACUCUUGCCUUCUUUUCUGACCCUUUUGGAUUGAAUGAUGAGAGCACAAGAGAUUUAUUGUCACUCCAAACUAAGGUAGAUGUCUGUAACGGUUACUUUCUUCCGGGGAGGCCAAGUGCAUUUCCAUCAAUUUCCCUUCAGUUGACUCAUGAAUAUCUAUUUUAUUCUUCUUUUGUUUAUAUUGUAUUAAUUCCGUGACUUUGUUUUGGGAUUUUUUUUUUAGCAUUUAUUCAUUUUGAAACUUGAGUUUUUAUUUUAUCAAGAUUUUUUUUUAUUUUAUUGCUAGACUACCAAUUUCGAGCGAUUGAUAAUAUAACAAAUUAAGUUGUAAUAUUUUGAAUAGAUCUUAAUCUUGAUAGAGAUUGAGAUGAUAACCUUUGCUAGUAAAAUUCUGGGUGUUUGUAAUCACAGGAUAUUUUUAAUAAAAUGGUUUAAUGACA